CUUCGCAUGUGUGUGUAUGGGAUUUAAUGUACACACUAUUUCUAAACGCACGACGUUGACUGACAAGAUUUCCACACCGAAGGGACACCUUGCACUGGAAAUAUCUCGCCUUUUCAGGAAUCAAAGCUAUGUACAACUCCUGAUAGUCAUGUGUGGUUGUCGUAGUUCGACCUCCUCUUGAUUAUUAAGGAACAACCUGUUCCAUAGUCACCAUGUUCAAGAAGCUAGCCCAGCGAGUGAGCAAAGCCAACAGGCCAGAGGAGCUUGACCUCUUAGAUCAUGGAGGCAACUUGGAGAAUAGCGAGCCGGAGCUCUGCAUCCGGCUCCUUCAGCUCCCGACCCUUCAUAACUACACCGGUCUGAAGAAGCGCAUAAUGAACGGCGACAGGGAAUGGCUGCAGCGUUUCCUGGAGUUGGAUGGCCUGGACGUCCUCUUGGAGUCCGUUGUGAGAUUAUCCAGCAGGGGGAUGAACCUGGCCUAUGCAUAUCUUCAGAUCGAGGUGGUGAAUUGUAUCAAGGCGGUUAUGAAUUCCAAGGCGGGACUGGAGUACAUCUGUGAGAAUGAGGAGUACACACGCAAACUGGCUGAAUCUCUCGACACCAACAACACUCUUGUCAAAAAGGCUGUAUUUGAGCUCCUAUCCGCACUGUGCUUAUACAAUGACUUGGGACACACGCUUGCCAUUGACGCCCUGGAAAAUUAUAAGGUGUCUAAGAACCAGCGUUAUCGCUUCAGUCUUAUUAUUAAUGAGCUACGCAAUGCUGAGAUUAUUCCCUACAAGAUUUGUCUUUUAUCCUUCAUCAAUUGUAUCAUAAUGAGCACCGAGGAGUUUGAGGCGAGAGUACGUCUCCGUAAUGAGUUCAUUGGACUACAACUUCUGGAUAUUCUAUCGCAAUUCAGACUCGAAGCCGCAAGGCAAGAUGACUAUGACGAUGGAGAUCUUACAAUUCAGCUCAACGUCUUUGAUGAGAAGAAGUUAGAAGAUGAUGAGGAAAUCCAAACCUACUUCCCUGAUGAUGGCGUUGAUCUUAAUAGCCCUAUGGAUGUCUUUGAUGCCAUUUUCAAAAAGGUGUCUAGCACCCCAAAUUCUGCACCUUUGUUGUCACUCCUUCACACCCUCCUGCAGUUUGAACCUGAUGAUCCUUCCUCUGAUAUACUUUGGGAUAUGUCCGAUAAUCUGGUCGGCCAACUUUUGGUCUUGGAUCAACCAGAGGAUGUCAAGGAGAUCUUGAAAUGCGGACUUUCAGAAGUAGUCAAACUUGUUCGACGGAAAGACAUGAAUGCAGCCCUUCCGGUUGUGAAGGUAGAGAAGAAAGUCGCCAUGGUGCAUGUUGAAGUUCAGACUGAUGAACAAGAAGUUCUGGUUAAACCGGGACAUCACAUUGGUAGCACGGUGAAAGAGGCAGUCGUUAUGCAAAGAGAAAUGGGAAAUGGAGAUGGGACGAGUGUAGAUACUGGGAUGAGUGGUGGUAUUGGAGCACCUCCACCUCCUCCUCUCCCACCUCUUCUCUCAGGGGCUGGAAGUGUUCCUCCCCCACCCCCUCUUCCAGGCAUGAGUGGGGCUCCCCCACCACCCCCACUACCAGGAAUGGGCGGUGCACCUCCUCCUCCUCCCCCACUUCCAGGCAUGGGCGGGGCACCUCCACCACCCCCUCUGCCCGGUAUGGGCGGGGCACCUCCACCACCACCGCUCCCUGGCAUGGGCGGGGCACCUCCCCCACCACCGCUCCCUGGCAUGGGCGGGGUGCCUCCCCCACCACCGCUCCCUGGCAUGGGCGGGGCACCUCCACCACCACCUCUACCAGGCAUGGGCGGGGCGCCUCCACCACCCCCAUUGCCAGGAAUGGGCGGGGCUCCUGCCCCACCACCCCUCCCUGGCAUGGGUGGACCACCCCCACCUCCACCCCCAGGGGGUUUUGUACGAGCUGCAUCACUCCCCGUCCAGUAUGGAACCCCACCUCCAACAGCACCGAAGCCGAAGGUCAAGCUAAAGAUCCUCAACUGGUCUAAGAUUCCUCAGAACAGAGUGAUGACCCCACCCAAUGUAUCUGGAGUGAGGAGAUCUAUGUCCUUGCCCAAGAAGAACAUCUGGCGUUGUAUCAGUGAGAAUCCAGAGCAGCAGAGCGUACUAUCACCGGAAUAUCAAACUAUUGAAGAUUUGUUUAGUCAGAAGACCAAGAAAGCACCAGACGCUAAUCAACCAAAAGCCAAGAAAAAAGAACCCACGGAGAUCAACCUUUUGGAUGGUAAGAGAAGCUUAAAUGUGAACAUCUUCUUGAAACAGUUCCGUAUGCCGAAUGAUAAGAUCAUUGAACUCAUCCAGAAAGGAGAUCCACAGGAAUUUGGAGGAGCGGAGAGAUUAAAGGGAUUAAUGAGAGUCAUACCGGAAAAAGAUGAGAUUGAAAUGCUGAAAAACUUUGAUGGCGACAAAGCUAAGCUGGGAUCUGCAGAGACAUUCUAUCUUCUGCUGUCAAGUAUUCCAAACUACCAGCUUCGCAUUGAAGGCAUGCUCUUGAAGGAAGAAUUCACAGCCAAUGUAGCAUACUUGAAGCCUGCACUUGCAACCCUACAGAAAGCUAGCAAUGAUAUCCUGAACAGCAAAACUUUGGAGGAAUUCUUGACAUUGAUUCUAUUGACAGGAAACUUUAUGAAUUCGGGUGGUUUUGCUGGUAAUGCAGCGGGAUUCAAGAUUGCUUCCUUGAUGAAGCUGAUUGAUACUAAAGCCAACAAGCCUCGUAUGAAUCUAAUGCACUACAUCGUGGAUGUAGCUGAGCAGAAGAACAAGACGAUGUUAUCAUUUCCCAGUGAGAUGAAAUACCUCAAUGAAGCAUCAAGAUUAUCUGUGGACUAUCUGACUGGAGAGAUCAAUAUGCUGAAUAGAAGUCUGGAUAAAAUGCAGAAACAACAAAAAAAAGCAGUCAAACAAGUCCAGGAACAACUCCAAAGUUUUCUUGAGGAUGCCAAGAAGCAAGUUGAAGACUUGAAGGAAGAUCUUGAGACCAUCAACAAGUUAGCGGAAGAACUUGCCAUCUACUUCGUUGAAGACAUCAGUAAAUUCAAGCUGGAUGAGUUCCUACAGAUCUUCAAGACGUUUGCGGAGAGAAUUAAAUCUUCACUGGAGGAGAAUGAGAAGCGCCGCAUCCUUGAGAAAAAGACCGAGCAGAGACGGAUCCAGAAAGAGGAAGCAGAGAAGAAAAGAGCAGCUGGAGGCGGCAGUGGGAGGAAGGUUGGAGCCCCACCCCCAAUAGAGGAAGAUGGUUGUAUUGUGGAUAACCUACUUAAAGAUAUCAGAAAGGGAUUCACAUUGAAGAAGACUCAGUCUGCAUCCGAUAAUGACCCUUCAAGUCCUGGCAUCGACCCUAAAAGACGAUCCAGACUUUCACGUCGUUCUCGUACAUCCACUAAGCGAUCAGAAAAUGGAUUAUCACCAAAAGUUUCCAAUGCAAACAGUGAUUCGACUACAACCUCUGACAACCAACCACCAUCUCACACUACUAACAGCUCAUGUAGCGACGACGUCUUCAGCAAUCCAACUCCAGAGGAAUUAUGUGCCGCAACAGAGAAGGUCAAGAUUGAUAGACUUAGUAACGGAGUUACUCAUGUCCUAAAUGGUGACUUGUCUGAAGGAGAGAAGAAAGAAGCAACUCGUGUGGAAAAUAAGAAGAUUGAAGUUCCUAACACUGCAAGUGCACCAGAACAGCUUUCUGAAGUGAGCGAAAAACCUCCUGAAACAGCAAUACUGCCUUCACCAGUGAACCAAGAACAGACAUUCGCUGAACCAUGUACUGAAGUUAAAGCAAUUGAAGCCCUUGAAGAUGUAGCCCAAAGUGUGCCACAAGAAAACGGCGACACAUUAGCACAAACUUUAAGUACCCAAUUUAAAGCUGAAGUUAAAGCAAGCAGAGAUAAUCCCGCUUUGGAGGAUGUAGCCCAAAUUGUGCCGCAAGAAAACUGCGUCACAAUCGCACAAACUUUAAACACCCAAGAUGUAACAACUGAAGAUAUUCCAAGAGUGCCUCAAGAAACAGCCAGAGAUAUUUCAAGAGUGCCUCAGAGACCCGUACAGCAGCCUUUACAAGAACAGACCGCACCUCUUGAAGAAGCAGUAUCGUUUUCAAAAGGCCAUCAGCAAAAUCUUGAAACUGAUCAUCAGCUGAAGAAAGCCUCUUCCAUGGCGGCAGAAGUGCAACUUGAGGAGGUUGCAAUCUCUAUGCAAGAUGAUAUUACUAUGCAAGACCAAGUUCCCGUAUCCUUGCCUGAAACUGUCGAGGAAGACUUCACCAUGCCUUUACAACUGAGUCAAGUAAAUGGCGGUCAAUCAAUUCAGAAACCUUCACAUCCGAGUCUGAUAAAUGGAGAGGUUCAGAAGCCGUCUGAGCUUCGAUACGCUAGUGCCCAGGUUGGUUCGUUAGAACAAGCGGAAGAGCAUGAAUUGAUGGUAGAUUUAAGUCCAAUGGAAGAGAUUGAAAGACCUCGCAGUGAGGUGUUCCAGCUGUCGCCGUGGCAGGCAAGCAUGACAGCUCGUGCUAGAUACGCUAAACCAGAGAACCUUCACAGCGGCUCUUCCGAAGUUGUCUCGGUCGACUUUGCCGCGGCCGAAAGCUUUACGCCUGUUCAGCAGUCGGGAGCAAUCAAUCCAUCAGAUAUGCAAGGGAAGGUGGAGACAUUUAAGCCGGAAAUCAAAGUAAGCCCUAAGAAAUCCUAUCCUGCUAAGCUGCUUACUAAGUCCGGUAAUCCAGGCUCCCCUACUAAGCAGUGUUACGUUACCGAGGAUGUUUGGGAGGUCCUGCAGGCGCCGGAAGAAUCGCAGGCAAAUCCCACGAAUGCGUUUAGCUCCGACCCAACUCCUAACCCUCCAGAAAGUACGCCAUCCCAAGUUAACUCGGAUACCAUCGUGCAAAACCAAGAUAAAGCAAGGACGGUAGUCCAAGCGGAGGAUAGCAAAACAGAGACACCCAAACUUGCGCCUAAGGGAGUACCAACUUUUUCAGCAGGUUCAGAGUCCAUAAAGCCAGUCCAAAGCCCCCAUCAGCCAACCCCGUCCCCACAUCCGCAUCAGCAAGUGUUACCCGGUCACCACGAACAGUCCAGACCAAACCCCACGCCCGACAUCGCCCAUAAGGGAUCUCCGAUCCCAGAUGCAACCAAACCAACCAAAGGCAGGGAAGUAAAGAAAAGUAAAAGUUUCUUUAAAUGGCGCAAACCAAAAGAGCAUAAGCAUCCUGCUGCUGGUCCCGAUUGGAUGGAUUUGGCCGUAGUUGACGAACAGAGCAAUCCAGACCAUAAACUAAAAGACAACCUUAAGGCCACCCCAGAACUUUCUAAACAAGUCUCCAUGAAAGAACCGCCCAAAGAGAAAUCCAAAAAGAGUUAUUUCUGGAAAAGGAAGAAGAAGGAAAAACAGGACAAGUAAGUUUGUUUUCAAGUAUUUCAACAGAUUACUAAACUGAGGCCCUUUUCGAAACCACGGCUCGGCUCCAGAUUUGGCUCAGGCCUAGCUUGGUCCGAAGUUGUUUUGACAAUUGCGCAUGCUCAGGGCUUCAGACGAGAGAUCAGAGCCUGAAGCCAAAGCCAAUGUCGUGGUUUUUGAAAAGGGCGUGAGUUUCUUCAAACUUCUUUAAACAUGCCCCCAAAUAACCCCCUCCACCUACCUCCCUUCCCCUGCAAAAGGUUUUCUAUCAUAUUGAAACUUCAUUUAAUUUCAGACUUGUCAAGAAACUUGUGGAAAUUUAAAAUCUUCUUAACGCAUAACAAUAUAUAUAUUUUGUGUACUAAUUGUAAAUAAGCUUGCAAGGUUCCACAUCUUUAAAGGGUAUUUUUUUAUUAUCUUCUAGGGAUGUUUUCUCAAGUUUCGCAUUAAUUACUGAGUGAUGUAAGAUGCAUGAACCAAAUACUUUCAAACAGGCAAAUAGAAACCCUAAGAUUCAUAUUUUUAUUCACAGUUUCAGAAUAUUUAAACCUUUCUAGAUUUUAUACUUUUUAAUAAAAUCUGAUUACUCUUAAAAAGGUAAAAAAGGAAAUAUUUGAAUGAAUUAGUAAAGAGAAACAAAUUAUAGCACUGUUUUCAUAAAAUUUUCUCUUUUCAAAUUGUUCAACGUUGAAGUGUACAACUUUAUUUUAACUAACUAAUUAAAAACUUUUUGACGUUGAAUUGGUAGCUUUUUAUUGUUUUUAUUAACUGAUUAUUUUCAAAUAGACUGUAGCUUACAAUAAUCAUUUACCAGGAGGCAUAUCUGCUCCAAGAUUUCACUGACUGAGAGCUUAAAGGCACUGGACGCUACUCAGUGUCACUGGUUCCCUUCUGCACUUUGCACAUGUUAGCGUGGAACAGAUUAUCAGGACCAUGGAAGAAACCUAGUUCCAAAUGGUCGACCACAGUAGUCAACCAAUGGUCGACCAGCCUGGGCUCGAGUCAAAAUAGUCAACCAUUAG